AUGUCUGCGGUGGAUAAACUUCAGAAGUGUUUGCAAGAACUUUCAGAAUGUCGUCAAAAUAUAUUACAACUCUCAAAAAAUGGACUUUUUCAAGAUAACGGCGAGGCACUAAGAUACUGCGAGGAUAUCGAACAAAUAGUCAUUAGUGAUAUUGAUGUCGAGGAACUGGGUCUCGUAUCAAAGUUAUUGUUCGACCCCAACAUUGGUAUAAUUAGAUUUUUAAUGGAAUUAAUCAAUGUGGCUGACAAAACCCUCGAGAAAGCAAAGAUUGCACUAUUAGAGUUUUUGUUUCUUUAUAUCGAGAAAGUCAAAGCCGACAUUGAACCAUACUCUGUCAAAAUAAAGGAGGCGUGCUUGUCUAUUCUUCAAUUUGAUGAUGAAGCUUUGGUUCGAGCUGCAUCUUUCAAGCCAAUGAUGGCAAUGCUUGAUUCUAAUGUCUCCAUUAUUGAUCCUGAAAAAAUACACAUACAAGAUGUCUUGAAAAGAUAUCUUGACUGCGUGUUUGUAAAGAGCAAGAUACAAUCAAGUACAAAAGUUAUGGCUGGGGUUUUAACCAUGAUUGGGAUUGUUUCACGUCGUUUUCCCGAACAAUCUGAAAAGGAUCAAGACAAGAUCCUUCGCGUUUUUAUACAUAUGUUGAAAGAUCCGAAUCAUGCAAAUGCAGCUUUUAAAGGCCUGCAUUCGUUUUUAUUUAGUUUCCCCGAUGUUCCACGAAAAGCGGGUAGUGAAGGAUACAUAUUUGAAUGCAUUCAACGAAGUAUAACCAUGGUUGAAAACGAAACGCGAUAUGAUAUAGCUAAAACUGGUUUCGACUAUAUAAUAAAUCACUCUUCUAUUUUUGGUCAAUACUAUCUGCGGCACCAUGAGGAAUUAUGGCAAUGCAUUUGGAAAUGCCGGGAGCACAUAAACAUUGAUGUCAAACGUGCUGCUUUUAAAGCCAUUGGCGAAUUUUUGAAGACG